GAAAACACGCACCGACAGAUGAAAGAGCUAUUUCCUGUGAAAAGUGAAAAACUAAAUUGACUUAAUUUUACCCAUUUUAUCGGCGGAAUACAAACGUUUUAGAAUAAAAACCUUUCAGAAGUGAUGUUAUACUACCUGACAUGAUGAUACAAAAACUUGUUCAGUUGUAACAGAUCAGGGGCCAAGGCCCCAACUGCCAUCUUCCAAUAUGGACAAAAAAGGGAAAAAUGUCAGCAUACGUGUCAUAUUCCUAGAUGACCAGGUGCACGCCUUUCAAAUACAUAUCAAGGCAUUUGGUCAGGCACUGUGGGAAGCUGUGGUGAGACAUCUCAGUUUGCUAGAAGCUGACUACUUUGAUUUAGAGUAUGAAGAUAGCAGAGGUAUACAGAACUGGUUGGAUAGGGAGAAGGCCAUAUUGAAACAGUUACCGAGUGCAGACACACCACUGAAAUUUUUGGUGAAGUUUUAUACACCAGAUCCAGCAUUAAUGGAAGAUGAACUUACAAGGUAUUUGUAUGCUCUCCAGAUAAAGAAAGAUCUACAAACAGGUUCGCUUACUUGCAGCGAUAACACAAUGGCUCUACUUGCUUCUUAUGUUGCUCAAGCUGAAGUUGGGGAUUUCCCUAUUGAAGAAUAUGCAGAUCACACAUAUCUACGUGCCAACAACUUACGCUAUAUUCCAAACCAAACAGAAGAAAUAGAGAAGAAGAUCAUGGAGUAUCACAAACAGCAUGUAGGUGAAAAUCCUGCUGAAGCUGACAUGAAUUUACUGGACACGGCCAGGAAAGUAGAACUGUAUGGUAUCAGGAUGGUCCCUGCAAAGGAUCAUGAAAAUGUAUCUCUAAAUCUAGCGAUAUCACAUUCAGGAAUCUUAGUUUUUCAAGGUCUCACCAAGAUCAACACAUUUUCAUGGGCAAAAAUCCGAAAGCUCAGCUUCAAACGGAAAAGGCUUCUCAUCAAGUUACAUCCAGAAAAUUAUCUCACCUUCAAAAGUGAAAGAACUGUGAGUGGACGAAUCUCUAGUCGAAGUUCAAGUGUCACACCAAAAAUUCCUGCCAAAGUUUCCCUGCACAAUUCUGCUGAUCUUCACAAUACGUCUGCUUCGAGUGGAUCACAUAUCCUUGACCAGUCAUCUCUACCACGUCACCAGGGGAGUGUAUCGGACAACCCAGAUAUCCACAGCGAGAGCUCAAUGUCGGGUAGCCGAUCACUGAACUCUCCAAAGUUAGAGCAUGCGCAUAGCCAAGAUGAAGGCACACCGCAUCACCAGGUUCCCAUGGUGAUGGUUAAGGAGGAUUCAGACCAAGGAAAUGUUGCCAUAGUAACACCACAGAUGCAGCAUGUAGCAGAAGUACAAGUGCCAAAUGCUGUAAAUGCUAAGCUGAAAUUUCCACACUUGCUGGAGCGAGGUGACAGGGAGGUCUCGGCACCCGCGCUCGGUGAACUUGAAACUGACCAGGAACAGAGGGAGGAACAUGAUCUUCCUCGAUCGGAUGAAAUUGAAAACAUUCCAGAACUUGUAGAAGAAGAAGAAGAGGAGAAUGUCUCCUUCACCCUUCAACCACAUCAUCACCCACAUCACGCCCCAGGAAUGGUGAAUGGACACGCGCACUCGUUGACCACCCCAGAGAUAACGACAGAUGUUGAUGCUGUCAAUGAUGAUGAUACACAAAGAACAUCAACACAAGCUGAGAUUGUUGAGGUGGAAGACUCGACUAUAGAACUAUCUGGAGACUACUACCCACCACCUCCUCCCCCACUGCCUAUCUCGCAUGAACUGUCUCUGUCCCCAGGGUCUAAUCAUUCUACACCGAGGAAGGAUAUGAGGUCUUCAGCUAGUGGUUUGAACAGCAACAUCAGUACACUGUCAGAGACUAGAACUGAAGGCUCCGAGGAUGGUGAUAGGAGGAAAAGUACCAAGCGUUAUCCAGUAGACAAGGCCUACUAUAUUGCAAAGGAGUUGUUGAUGACAGAGCGGACUUACAAGAAAGAUCUUGAAGUUAUUACAGUGUGGUUUAAGAAUGCAGUAAAGAUUGGAGAUACUAUUCCUGACUUCCUAACAGACUUGUUCAAAUAUAUGGAGCCAAUAUACAACUUUCAUCUUGGAUUCCUGAAGGAGAUUGAGCAACGUCUUACACUGUGGGAGGGCAAGUCUAAUGCACAUCUGAAUGGAGAUUAUCAGCGUAUCGGUGAUAUCAUGGUCAACUCUUUUCUUACAUCACUGGGGCCUUAUAUGAACUACCUGGAGAAGCAGGAUGACAUACUGGUAGAGUUAGAGAAAGCUCAGAAAAGCAGCAAGGAGUUUGACUACUUGUGUAAGGACUUUGAGGCACAGAAAGUGUGUUAUCUCCCCUUGACUACUUUCCUUCUCAAACCUGGACAGAGACUUCUACAUUACAAACUUCUGUUAGAAAGAUUGACAAGACAUUACUCCAAGGCACACCCAGAUUACAUGGACUGUCAUGCCACUCUGUCAAAGCUGAUAGAACUUGCCCAGACAUUCAGGUCCCAGAGGAAAUGCAUGGAAAAUCUACAGAAAUUGAUGGAGUUACAGAGAGACCUGGUUGGUCUGGACAGCAUAGUACAUCCUGAUAGGGAGUUUAUUCGUGAAGGCUGUUUACAGAAGUUUUCGAGAAAAGGUUAUCAACAACGAAUGUUCUUCUUGUUUUCUGACAUGUUGGUGUAUACAAGUAGAACGGCAACACCCCUUCAACAGUUCAAAGUUCAUGGUCAGGUGCCAUUGAGAGGAAUGAUAAUAGAAGAGUCUGACCAUGCUAAGAUGGCUGUUGCCAACAGUUUUGCUAUAUAUGGUGGAAACAAGUGUAUACUUGUAGCAGCAAGUUCGCAAGAGGAGAAGGACAAGUGGAUAGAAGAUUUGAAUGAGGCGACAAUUCAAGCCAAGUCAAGAAAUGAUGAUAAAGUUAAUUAUCCUAGUCUUAAAUCUAGCACCAGCUCUACAGAAAAUGCAGAAGUUGGGGAUGAUCACGGCCCUCCAUCACCGGAAAAACAAGUACAACAUCGAGCUAAUACUACAAUGCACGUCUGCUGGCAUCGGAAUACUUCCGUCAGCAAGAGGGAUCAUGAAAAGGCUGUCAAGAAUCAAUUGAGUGGAUAUUUAUUACGCAAGUUCAAGAACAGUAAUGGCUGGCAGAAACUGUGGGUUGUCUUCACCAACUUCUGCUUAUACUUCUAUAAAACAUAUCAGGAUGACUAUCCACUGGCUAGCCUACCGUUGCUAGGUUAUGCUGUCAGUCAGCCAGAGGAAAAUGAUAACAUACAGAAGGAUCAUGUGUUCAAAUUACAGUUUAAAAAUCAUGUGUACUUCUUUCGUGCAGAAAGUGAGUACACUUUCGAAAGGUGGAUGGAGGUCAUUAAUAGUGCUACAAGUUCAGCCAGAAGAACAAGAUUAUUCAGCAGAAUGGACAGUUCCCAGCCUUGAUCAGUUGGUACCAGGAUUUUGUUCAGUUGGUUCCCAGCAUUGAGCAGUUGGUACCAAACUUUGAUUCAGUUGGCACCAGGUUUUGAUUAACUGGUACCUAGACAUUAUUAACAUUUUACAGAUACAUAGAACAACCAAAUGUUAGGUGCUUAUUAUUGAACAGUCAAAAAUCAUUUUGAAAAUACGCUUUGGUAUUCAUGUAGCAUUGUUAAAUAGCAACAGCGUAUAUAUAUUUAUAAGUUUAUCCAGAAGGGAAACAGUUUUGAAGUGUGAUAUCACAUUUGUGUUGGUGAUACAGCAAUAUAAGUGUGACAGUCGAGUUGAAUAGAUACUGUUCUCUAUGGAGCUAUAUGAAUCCAUCAGAACUGGAGAUAUUCUAUUCCUUGAACUUCCAGAAUUGAAGUUCUAAAGUUACUAUGCAGUCAUGUACAUUAAACCAGGCAGAUAGGAUAUUGUUUUUACCUACAAGUUGAUGUCAGAAACAAUUCAUUUUACAAACCUCAUGAAAUAUGUUUUUAUAUACAUUAAAGAAGUGCAUUGUGGGUGGGGUCAUUUUGAAAACAAUUAACAUACUGUUGCAUAAAAGAAACAGACUGCUUUUUUGUCAGUGAAGCAAUUCAGCUGACAGUUGCAAGAUGUUUGACUGGAAAAGACAAAUUUGUUACCUUGAACAAUUGGAAAUUAAAACCAAAUAAUUUGCUUUUGAAACAAAAUCUAAAUAAAAAUAUAAAAUUGAAGUAGAGGCAGGAAUGAACUUUCCCAGAUAAAUUAAUUCCUUUUGAAAAUCCACAUUGUAACUUGAAGGGACUUGGUUCCAGGUUAAUGUCUUGAAGACAUAAAAACCUCUGUUUUUAAAGAAAAAUUGUCAUAUACCUGGAGGGGUGUCCUUUAAUGUGGUAAUUUGUAUUAGUCAAUACAGGAUUAUACCACUGAAGUUGUUUUUCCACAAGGAACAGUCGUAUAAUGAAAUUGGAACAAUUUCACAGGAUAUGAAAAAUUUAAUGUUGGCUUUAAAAAUGGAUGGUAAAAAUUGUAUAUAGUAUAUUUUGACAUAACAAUGUUUGACUUGAUGUGACGUUUGCAGUAUUUCAUAUACUGUUCAUAAAUUUACAGUCAGAUUCAAAAAAGACCUUUCUGGUAAAGUCUUCAAGUAUAUUCUUUAAAGAUUAAACUGGUAGGGCAGUCCACAAACAUUUCCAGGAUUAUUAUUUUUACACAUGCAGGGUGUCCAGUAAUAUUUGAUACCAUUUGGUUUGUCAGUAUUGCCUUUAAUCAAUUUUACAUAUGAUAUGUAAUCAGAUAGAGCUUUUAGGCAUACUUGCAUUUUAUGUAGACCCGCCACCCCGAGUUUCGUUUAUGUAUAUUUGCUUCAUUUACCUGAUUUGUUACCUCAGCACAAAAAAAUGGUUAACUGCUUCUUUAAGUUGGUACAGUUAAUCAUUUUUUGCUUUGAUGUAAUGAUUAUGUAAACUUUAUUGGAAAUGUUAUUUUGAAUCUGACUGUUCAACUGGUGAUAUGCAACAUGAAUAGAAUAAAUAUAAAAUAGUUCAUAUGUUUGUAACCUUUAUUGGAAGUGUUAUUUUGAAUCUAACUGUUCAGCUGGUGAUGUGCAGCAUACUUUUGCAUAAAUACAAAACAGUCAAUAUGAUAUGUAACCUUUAUUAGAAUUGUUAUUUUGAAUCCGACUGUUAAACUGGUGAUAUGCAGUACAUGUUAAAUAGAUACAAUAUAGUUGAUUUCUGUCAAAUCAGUGGAAUGUAACAAAUGAAUACAAGUUAUUUUUUGUCUUGUUUAAGACUUUUGGACGUAGAAGGCAUUACAUACAUUUGUGUGAAAUAUGAUCUCAGAUAUUGAACUGGCAGUUUAUUUACAGUGAGGGUAGAUGUAUGGGUGAAUUUUUGUACCACUAAUGCCAAUCUUUUUUAUGUCCCCGAAGGUGGGCAUAUUAAAAUCGCACUGUCCAUCCAUCCGUGUGUGUGUGCAUCCGUGUAAAUUCUUGUCUGGCUGUAACUUUAACAUUCAUAAGGGGAUUUGAAAAUAAUUUAACACAAAUGUUAACCAAAUUGAGAAGGUGUGUCGCGCUUAUGACCGAGGGUUCCGGGUUAAAGUUACAAACCCUAACCCUAACACAAAUGUUCAUCUAAUCCCAAGGGUUGCUUCAGGGGCGUUUGUCACUAACAGUGGCAGCUCUUGUUUGUCAUUUAUUCUGACACAAAAAAAUCCCAUAAUCCAUAAGUUUUAGGAAUAUUUUCUAUUUGCGUUAGAUUGCAAAUUAUUUAUGUUUUCCACUUUCAUAAAAGGUACCGUACAGCGAUAUUAAGGGAGAGCAAAAUUAAUAAUCCGGUGAUUAAGGGCACUCUGAUAAUUGUUUUCUAAGUGCUACUUCACAGUAUAAAGAGUAAAGGAGUGUUAACAAAAUUUAUAACAUGCAUUGAUGUUUAUCAUUGAAUUAAAGUUUUAUUUAUAACAGAAACAGUAGAAAGAUUAUUUAUAUAACUAUAUGUAUAAAUCAUUAUUCUUCCAGCAUUCCAUUUUUUAGCUCGACUAUUCAAAGAAUAGUCUAGCUAUUCUACUCACCCUGGCGUCAGCGUCUGCGUCACACCUUGGUUAAGUUUUUGCAUGCAAGUACAUACAGCCAUCAAUUAAAGGCAUAUAGCUUUGAAACUUAUUUUUUCUUUUUCUAGGUCAAUUACCAACCUCUCUGGGUCAAGUCCCAUAACUCUGACAUGUAUUUUGAGCAAAUUAUGCCCCCUUUUGGACUUAGAAAAUUUUAGUUCAAGUUUUACAUGCAAGUUACUAUCUCCAAAACUAAUGCAGAUAUUGAUUUGAAACUUCACAUGUGUCUUUGGGGUUAUAAAACUAGUUGAUAGCAACAAGUCCCAUAACUCUGACCUUCAUUUUGGCCAAAUUAUGCCCCCUUUUGGACUUAGAAAAUUCUGGUUAAAGUUUUGCGUGCAAGUACAUACAGCUAUUUUUAAAAGGCAUAUAGAUUUGAAACUUAUUUUUUCUUUUUCUAGAUUAAUUACCAACCUAACUGGGUCAAGUCCCAUAACUCUGACAUGUAUUUUGAGCAAGUUAUGCCCCCUUUUGGACUUAGAAAAUUUUGGUUAAAGUUUUGCGUGCAAGUACAUACAGCAAUUACAAAAAGGCAUAUAGAUUUGAAACUUUUUUUUUUCUAGAUCAAUAACCAACCUCACUGGGUCAAGUCCCAUAACUCUAGCGUGUAUUUUGGGCAAAUUAUGCCCCCUUUUGGACUUUGAAAAUUCUGGUUAAAAUUUUACAUGCGAGUUUCUAUCUCCAAAACUAAUGCAGAUAUUGAAUUGAAACUUCACAUGUGCCUUCGGGAUUAUAAAACUAGUUGAUAGCAGCAAGUCCUAUAACUGAUAUGCAUUUUGGUCAAAUUAUGCCUCAUUUUGAACUUAAAAUUCUUUUGAUAUUUAACCUUUUUGGGUAAUAUUUUUCUGCUUCUGGGACAAUAUUUCGAAUAGUCGAGCUUGGCUGUCUUAGCUCUUGUUUAUAAGAAAUGUAAUGCCAAUUCCAUGUAAAUCAAAUCAUGUUUCAGUCCUAAUGAAAUAUACGACUUGAGUGCGAGCUCUGAAUGAUUAUUCAGAAUGUGAAAAUUUGACUUUACAUCAGAGCAAUGAUUUCUGUUGUACAUAGAGACAUUAAGAUGAAAUUCAUUGUGAGUGUGCUGUCUUUAAUUAAUUGAAAAGCCACAUUGUUUUCUGAUAUAUAGUCAAUACCACAUAUAUGCUCAGAGGAUCACUACAUUUUUUUAACAUUUGAGUGUAUCCUGGAAUCAUACUAACCUGAAACUUAAAGACGUGAAAGUCAAAUAUUCAGUUGACGGUUUUCACAAAUUAAUUCUAAUGAAACUUUCCCAAGUCAGUAGAAUGCUCAUAUAUAAUUUAUAUGCGAAGUUUCAUCAUAUGCUAAUAUAACAAUGACAGAAAAAAGAAGAAGAAAAUUUAGCCUUUUUAAGCCUAAAUCUUUUGUUUCAGACUUAAAUCAUUGAUAAAUACUUGCCUUCACCUUUAAAUAAAGACAAUCUGAAAUUGGCAGGUUUUCUCAACCGUUUUGAAACUUUGUAAGGGCCUAGGCAGUGUACACUGUGUGAAUUAGUGUCUGAUACCUUUAUUCUAGACCAGGGUUUCUUGUCAUUUGUGUUUUGAAUACUUUAAUCAUGAUAGCAGUUUUACCAUUCUUAAGGACUUCAGAAUUUUAAUUUUUAUUCUAUUUUCAAACUUUUUUAUUUAAAUCUUGACAACUUACACAGAAGACAAGUUCUGAAUCAAAUAAUAACUUUAAUAUUGUAAAUUAAGAAUAGUCUUUCUAUACUGAAGGGUUUUAUUGUAUAAUGAAAUUGAUGUGACUUAUUUUUCAGUUACAAUAGUCAUUUAACAGCCGAUUGUUUUAUUGUGCCUUUUUGUCAGCAUAUAUGUUUUAUAUAUUUACAUUUUGUGUAGAUAUCGUGCCAUGUGAUUUUUUAGUGCAGUCAAUGUUUUGUUUAAAAUAGCUUUGUUUAAAUGACUCUGUAUAAUGAUUUUGAUUGGUAGGUUCUCAGCAUCCUGUUACAUGUACAAAUAGAGAAUAAAAAACAUUUUUUUUUUUCUGAAAAUUUUUGAAGUAAAUAGGCAAGUUGAGAUUUCAUGACCUUUACAUUUAUGCCUAAGUGUAGGGUACUGGUCGAGAUAACUCUGCUGGAAAUUGUUCGAAAGUGUUACUGGAGUUGCUUGUUAUACAUAAUACAUAUAAAUAAGUGUCUGAUUUAAGUUGUCAGAUUUGCUUGCUGCACAUAAAAUAGUUGUAAGUGUCUACUAAAAAUUGUUGGGAGUUUACAUGCUAAAACUCAUAUUUUAAUUUUUCACAAACAUUUUGAACUAACAAGAUAUUGUUUAACGACAUUCUGAAUUUUGACACUAGAGAUGCUAAUUGAAAAAUACACUACUUGUAUCCAUACCUGAACAACUAUGAAAUCUUAACCUCUCUAUUUAUUAAUGUUUUUUGUUUUUUUAUACAAACUGGUUCUGUGGUACUUUGAAUAAAGUUGAUAGCUAAAAUGCAAGUCUAAGCUUUAUGUUGCCUUCGCCAUGGGAUGCUGUGAUUUUUUCCCCUUUU